AUGGGCAAUGUCGCAAGCCGUCUGGAUGACGGGAGCUUGUUCUUUAAGGAUCAGAAUCGCUUAACCAUUGCGGCUGUCACGAUUAGCAAUUCCCGUCGUCGCUUGUUGACGUUGACACCGAACGCAUUUCCGGCGACCAGAUUCACGGCAAAAAGAGACCCGGGCGAUGAUACGCCGAUUGAGUACAUCCAGGACCCGGAUGCUCCUUCCACCGCGCCAUUUCCCUCUUUCUUGUUGCGCCUCUCAAAUGACGAUGAGCUGAUCUUCACAUUUACCUUCGUGCUCCGCCAAACACAAACGGGGAAUGUCGCGGGCUCGACGGUGAAUGGUGUCUCGACAUCGCUUCCGGAGGUGCUGGAUACGGUAGUCACGGGGCUGACGUUCGCUCACGCAUCCAACGCCAAGGAGCUGGACAACCUCAUCACCCGCGAAUUCCACGCGAACCCGAACCUGCAGAACAACUCCAACGUCCAACUGAUCGGUAAUUACUCCACCGAGGGGAGCCCCUCGGUCUCGUUCGAAUGGCUAUGGCAGUGGAAGCCACCAAAGGCUACAGAGGAUCGUGGUGGCGGCUGGCGGAAUAGCUGCAGUUUCCUGGACUACGAUCAAAAGACCAAUCGCCUGAACACCCUCGCGCAUUUUUCAUUUUGGGUACACAGUACCACACGACCGUUGCCAAGCCCACUGCUCCUGUCACCGCCAAACCUAGAGCUGCCGAUUUUACCUUCACGAAAUCGAAUCUCAUCCAAUCAAUCGGCAAUUUCGCACAUCAGUGACAGCGAUGCGCUGUCGGCUUCGAAUUUCCCUAUCACGAGUCCGUCAGACUCGCUGGAUGGCCCUCUGCUACCCCCGAUACCCACAGCACCUCCGCCUCCGCCACCGGUGAAGGUCGAUCUAGUCCAUUCUCGACCCGGCGAGGACGUGAGUGCGGUGGAAGAUGGUCCGCUCUUCCGCGCCACGAUGAAAGCGAUGGAGCAGAAGACGGGCAACAUGCGCUCAAAGAUCAAAAAGGUGCUAAAGAAGGCUGAAGCCGCGCAGGCAGCCCAAGUCGCCUGCAACGAGUCGAUGGAAGCCUUUCUCAAUUCCUUGAGUGAUGCGUCAACGUCCAAUGCCAAAGCCAUUCAGCCAGCCUUGGACCACUACUUUGAAAAGAUCGCUCGGCAGAUCCAAAAUUAUGAACAGACCAACACCAUGCAAUUGCAGAAACUCGUGAUAGAGCCCCUGAUCAAACUUUACAACAAUGAUAUCAAACAGGCGGAAUCGAAGAAGAAGGACUUUGACGAGGAGAGCCGAGAUUACUAUGCCUACGUCAGUCGGUACCUGGGCCAGCGUCAAGACUCUCUCAAAGAGAAGAAACGCGCCGAGAGUGACUCCAAGUACCAAGCCAAGAGGCGGAACUUUGAACUGAAGCGAUUUGAUUAUUCCUCUUUCAUGCAAGAUCUGCAUGGCGGUCGCAAGGAGCAAGAGGUGCUUUCUCACCUGACCAAAUACGCUGAAUUCCAAGCGCAGGCUUUUCUGGCGGCCGCUCAAAAGGUCGAGGAGAUGGCCCCUCAGCUGAAUGCCCUCGUACACGAAGUCACUCAGGCAGAUAAGGAAUUCCAAUUCCAGCGGUCCGAACGCGAGGAAAAGCGAAGAGCUCUGGAGAAGAAUAGUAAUCCAUACAUGGAACCGGAUGUUGUCGCUGGUGCGCCUGCAAACACUGCGAUUGUGUCGGGGACCGCAUCGACGACUCUCGGCAGCGUUGCCGUGAACAACGGAAGCUCGGGCGGAGAAGUCGAGUUAGGACGCGCGGACAGUACUGGCUCGCAGCUUCGUGGGGUCAUCAGCAACAGUUCAUCUGUUUCGUCGCAGGCCAACGCGGGAUCAGUGAGUUCUGGUACUGGGACCUCUGCACCGCUCGGCGGGAGCACGAAUGCGCAAGUCCAGAACCGCUUCAAGGGGAUUCGGGACUUGGAAGAGCGCGAGAGCCUUGGAUCAGAUCGUUCUGCGGGCCAGCAACGAAAAGAGGGUCUUUUAUGGGCACUUUCGCGUCCUGGGUCGCAUAUGGAUCCCAAGGGUAUCAACAAGCAGGCAUGGCACAAAUUCUGGAUCGUUUUAGACCAAGGAAAGCUGUCAGAAUAUAGUAAUUGGAAACAAAAGCUGGACCUGCAUAUGGAUCCGAUCGAUUUACGGAUGGCCUCUGUACGCGAGGCCAGGAAUGCAGAGCGACGUUUCUGUUUUGAGGUGAUCACCCCUCAAUUCAAGCGCAUAUACCAAGCCACUUCCGAGGAAGACAUGGCGAAUUGGAUUCGCUCCAUCAACAAUGCACUACAAAGUGCAGUGGAGGGGCGAGGAAUGCCCCCGCCGCCGAUUACGGGGAAGAGUGAGAGCUCGACCGGGCGAGACAUCGGCUCGGUUUUGACGGGCAAGAGCUCCUCUGUGUCCGGUCACCACUCGUACUCGAACAGUUCCAGCUCGGCGGUGUCCGGCGUCAGUCGUCGCACAACUGUUGGGGCUCGACCGAGCUAUGUGCGGAAUGACAGCAGUUCGUACGAGGACAACCCGGCACGUCUGCUACAGGUUGUUCGUGAUGCUGACGAGGGGAACAAUUGGUGUGCCGACUGUGGGUCAUCGUCCAAGGUUGAGUGGGUGUCUAUCAAUCUUGGGAUCAUUCUGUGCAUCGAGUGCAGUGGAAUCCACCGAUCGCUAGGAACUCAUAUCUCCAAGAUUCGAUCACUCACACUUGACGUACAUUCCUUUUCCAAUGAUAUUGUGGAGAUCCUAUUACAGAUUGGCAAUCGUGUCAGCAACAUGAUCUGGGAGGCUACACUGGACCACUCCGUGAAGCCGAUUGCCAGCUCGACUCGCGAGCAACGACUGAAAUUCAUCACCGCGAAAUAUGUCGAUCAUGCAUUUGUCGAGCACCUACCCUCUCCACGCUCCAGCUUCGCCACGCCUGACGAAUCGCUCUUGGCGUCCAUCAAAAAGAACGACAUCCAAGGAGUCCUGUACGGUAUUGCUCUACGAGCGAACGUCAAUGUGGCCGAUCGAUCUCGCAACACGCACGCCGUUUUCCUGGCCCUUGCGGCCGCCGAUCCAGCCUCUCCGGGCUCCACCCCAACAUCCAUCUCAGCACGGUCCAGCGCAAAGGCGAUCCCGUUCCCCGUCGCCGAGCUGCUCGUUCAAAACGGUGCCGAGAUUCCGCCCGCACCCCCGUCGAUCCCACUUUCCCCGGCGGCUCAGCUAUACAUCAGUCAGCGCACGGCUCGUCCACCGGCCUUUACUGCUCCGAUCGCGGGCAAGUCGAUGGUGAGUGAUACAGUGGGGACGUUGCCUACUAUCCACUCAUCAUCCGCCUCGGGUCGAGAUGGGCCCAUGUCUGUGCCUGUUGGUUCUGCAUCAUACGGCUCGAUGAGCUCUCUGGACAAUAAUUCCAAGGACAGAGAUAAAGAAAGGUUAUCCAAGCGUGGGAGUGCCGGAGCGAGACUCGCGGGCAAGGUAGCGUCAUUAGGAAUUGAUCGAUAG